AUGAAAGCUCAUACUGGGCUGUUUUGCCAUUUCAGAACAGCAAGUGUUGGUGCAACAUGCACUGGAUACACCGACAUCAAGAGGGGGAGUGAGUCCGACCUCCAAGCCGCUGUUGCCACAGUUGGGCCGAUCUCUGUCGCAAUUGAUGCCGGCCACAAAUCCUUCCAGCUUUACAAGAGAGGAGUAUACAGCGAACGUGCAUGCAGCAGCAAAAAGCUUGACCAUGGCGUGCUUGUCGUUGGUUAUGGCACAGACAAUGGACAGGAAUAUUGGCUGGUUAAGAACAGUUGGGGACCUUCGUGGGGAAUGGAUGGCUACGUUGAGAUGAGCCGAAAUAAGAACAACCAAUGUGGCAUUGCUACCCAAGCCAGCUAUCCUUUGGUUUAAAACGGAACUUGUUCAGAACUGAUGGUGAAAGACAGUGAAUCAAAUACAACAUUUUGAAAACCUCAAGAUAGAAACAUUGGGGAGAACAUCAAGGCCCUGCAGAAAUGACAACAUGCUUUUGAUACGUAUUGUUGCCGAUGGAACAUAAACACACAUUUUAGAUUAAACCACGAUAAUAAGAGGCCAUCAUCCUAUCGG